AUGGGUCCUGGAUUCUCAACUGCCGAGUCACCAUUCCAGUCACUGCUGGAGAAGGAAGCCGCCAAGCACCUUUUCAUUACUGCCGAUCUGAAGGGAUUCCAGCCCUCUACCCUCGGUAUCACAUCAGUGCCACACUGUGCCGCUAUGAGCUCUGAAUUGUGGGAGGAGGGUGAGGACUGCGUUCUACUGAAAUUGCCGUUCCUCUUCAACGACGAGCCGGAUGCCGAUCCGAGAGGAACCUCCCGUAAAACACCUCUUGCGAGACAAUGCCCAUCGAUCCGGACCACCAAGUCAUUAUUCCCCCGCCAGGAAGCCAAAUGA